AUGCUCACACCGCUCUCCACUGACUUCAUCGUAACCGACCGCGGCGGCGUCAUCGAAAACCGCCACGCAGUCCACGCCGCCAUCGUCGACAGCACCGGCAACCUUCUAUAUAGCGUCGGCGACGCAACCCGACCAACCCUCGCCCGAUCAGCAGCGAAACCUGCACAAGCCCUCGCAAUCGUCGAAACAGGCGCAUUGGAGAAAUUUAACCUAUCCCCCGCCGACCUCGCACUAAUGUGUGCAUCACACAGCAGCGAGGACCGACACAUCGAGCGCGCACGACGAAUCCUCUCCGACAUCUCUGCCUCCGAAGAUGAUCUAAAAUGCGGAGGCCACGUCCCUGUUUCCCCGGCUGUUUAUCACAGGUGGAUACGCGAGGAUUUCACCCCGACGCCCGUAUGCAGUAACUGCUCCGGCAAGCACGCAGGCAUGAUCGCCGCGGCGAAGGCACUGGGCGCGGACGUGGGGAGUUAUCAUCUCCCUGAGCACCCACUUCAAGUGCGGAUUCGCGAGGCUGUGGAUGAGAUUUGUGGGCUGGGACCGGGCGAAUCUAAGUGGGGUCUUGAUGGGUGUAAUCUUCCUGCGCCGGCAUUUUCGUUGAAUUGUCUUGCGAGUAUGUAUGCUGUUUUUGCGGCGGCGGGUCGGUCACAGAUGGAGGAUUCGAGUGAUUCGAGGAUGAAGGCGAUGGGUAGAGUGUUUAAUGCGAUGGCGCGGUAUCCUGAGAAUGUCGGGGGUGAGGACAGAUUCUGUACUAUCCUGAUGAAUGCGUUUGGGGGGGAGGUUAUUGGAAAACUGGGUGCGGAUGGGUGUUAUGGGGUUGGUGUGAAGGAGUCGGAGUGGACGAGGUCGCUUGGGGCUGAGGGUGCUGUUGGUAUCGCGGUUAAGAUUGAGGAUGGUAGUAUCCCGAUUCUUUAUUCUGCCGUGGCGGAGAUUUUGGAGCAGCUGCAGGUUGGAACGUCGACUAUGCGAGAUGCGGUUGCUCAUUUCCAUAGGCUUGAGGUUAGGAAUACUGUUGGAGUAGUGACGGGGUGGACGGUGCCUCAGUUCAAGGUGCGUCGGGCAUGA